AUGAGUAUUUGUUUGCUGCGCGUAUCGCCUGCGCUCAGCCACCCGUCACCGUCUCCGUACACUGACACCGCACGCCACCGCCACGAAAGCAUGAUUCACAUGCCAGUCUUGGUCUUCAUUCACACGCGUUUUUUGGGCAUCAUCUUCCUCGACAGCAAGCAAUAUAGAAUGCAGCAUGAACCAAGACCAACAUUUCCAUUCUUAGACCAUGCCAGCGCAGCCACGGAUCUGCUGAACGAUCUUCUGGAGCGGCAUGUCCCGUUCGGAGUCCUCUGGAGAUGUAGUCAAGUUCGCUGGACGUUUGACUUGGAAGACGUGGAAGUCGAGCUUUGUCGUAAGGAAGGCGGAAGGCUGGAAGUACUGGCGCACAGUGCCGUGCUUUCGCGCAGAAGAUUAGAUGACUUCACGGCACCGUGUUGCUGGAGCACACACGACUUCGGCAUCAUGCUCUUGCAAUUGGCAGAGAUUGCGGUCGGCUACCGGAAAGACUUUAGAGAAAGUCGCAGACCCACUCGCAAGGUCAGAGGCCAGGCCGGGAUGGGAUGGGAUGCUGCGAAGCUCACGGACUGGAGCCAAAUCCUCGAAAAUGAACACGGCGUUGAUCUUCUCACUGUGAACGACACGGCCAAGUUCGUGCUCGGGUGUUCAGUUUCGGAGAUUUUGGAGGAAUUGCCGGAAGACUUUCGCGUCGUGCAUGUCGAGCCUGUGUUCCGUGCGGAUCUUGUUGGUCGGUUUCUCCGCCGACGUCAAGCGAUGAAGGAGGAAUUGACGACUUUCAAUCACUCGCAGCUUCGUGAGUGUGUGAAGCGGAAGGACAUCCGCUCUGGCAGAGUGGUUGAUUCGGUGGAAGGCAUUGCCGAGUAUCUGUCGGAGCCACAUGUCACGUUCCAUGGCGCGCCACUGUCGAGAGUGGCUUCAAUUGUGCGAUAUGGGUUUACGGUUCCUGGCCAAGAGAUUGGCGGGAAGAAGUCUGGUCUGGACAAGUUGGACAUUCGUUGCGGCGCAUCUUUCGGCAUUGGAAUAUACUCAAGCCCAUCCAUUGAAGUUGCGUCUUGUUACGCUGCCAAUGCACGGGGACAGUACGACGUACGUUCGCCAAAAGACAUCCCUGGGAUGCGGAUGUUGAUCUGCGCGACAUUGAUGGGCCGAUCGCUUCAAGUCGGUCGUGAAGAGACAAGACGAACAGAAGGUGUGUAUCGCGAAGGAGCGCACUCGCACGUGUCUCCAAAUGGGGCGGAGUUCAUCGUUUUCGACCAGGACCAGAUCAUUCCCUGCUAUGUGUUGCACAUCGACUUCGGCGCUUUGGAUGCCAGCAAGCAUUUCGAGGAGAUGAGGACCAAUCCUGAGAGGAUGGAAGGACUCCGCAACAGGCUGAAGCCACGUUAUCAGACAGACUACGGUGAUGACUGCGUGUUCCCAGAAGCAGUUCGAGCGAAGAAGGCUGCGUUGAAAGCGGCUGCCGCGAAGUGGUUUCCUUAUGGAUUUGGCCCGGCGACAGGCUCAACUUUCGUCAUCGAGGAUAUGGCGCCGGUGUCGGAUGACGAGGAAGAGUAUGGUGAUUUCCAGGCGCUGCGGCAGGAGCAGGAAUACGAGAUCCAGGAGAAGCUGGAGCGUGGAGAGGAUGAGAAGGUCAGCUGGUUCGAUAGUUACCAGACUUCUCGAGAGACAUACCAGACCGUACGGGUAGAAGAAGAGCCCGAGCAUAGGUGGUAG